AUGGCUGACGAAUACGACGCCGAGCAGGCUGCCGAGCUCAAGAGAAAGAGAGCGUUCCGAAAGUUCUCCUACCGAGGAAUCGACCUUGAUCAGCUCCUUGACCUCUCCUCCGACCAGCUUCGCGAUGUUGUCCACGCUCGUGCCCGCCGCAGGAUCAACCGUGGCCUGAAGCGCCGCCCCAUGGGUCUCAUCAAGAAGCUCCGAAAGGCUAAGCAGGAGGCUCAGCCCAACGAGAAGCCCGACCUCGUCAAGACCCACCUCCGAGACAUGAUUGUCGUCCCCGAGAUGAUUGGCAGUGUCAUUGGUAUCUACUCCGGCAAGGAGUUCAACCAGGUCGAGAUCAAGCCUGAGAUGGUUGGUCACUACCUGGCUGAGUUCUCUAUCUCAUACAAGCCUGUCAAGCACGGUAGGCCCGGUAUUGGUGCCACGCACUCUUCUCGAUUCAUUCCCCUCAAGUAA